CUGGCUGGGCAGGACACUGCCCAGGGGCCGAACAUAGAGCAGUCCCAAGCCCUGCAGGGUGGGCGACAGCCACCGAGGACGCAGAGUGUCCCUGUAGGCUGGUGGCCAGCAGCUGCCCGUCGGCUGCACCAUGUCGGACGGCGAGGGCCCCUCGGCCGAUGACAGCGCGUCUGCCGCGAGCAGCAUGGAGGUGUCGGACCGCAUCGCCUCUCUGGAGCAGCGCGUGCAGAUGCAGGAGGACGACAUCCAGCUGCUCAAGUCUGCGCUGGCCGACGUGGUUCGGAGGCUGAACAUCACGGAGGAGCAGCAGGCCGUGCUCAACAGGAAAGGACCUACCAAAGCGAGACCGCUGGUGCAGACCCUGCCUCUGAGGACCACCGUUAACAAUGGCACCGUGUUACCAAAGAAACCCAGCGGCUCUCUGCCAUCCCCGUCGGGCGCCAGGAAAGAAACCACCGUGCCGACAACCAAAAGCAUCAAGCGGACCAGCUCUUCGGAACGCGUGUCCCCUGGUGGCCGGAGGGAGAGCUCUGGGGACUCCAAGGGAGGCCGCAACCGCACGGGCUCCACCAGCAGCUCCUCCAGCGGCAAGAAGAACAGCGAAAGCAAACCCAAGGAGCCCGUGUUCAGUGCAGCCCUUCUGUCCCUGUCUCCGAAAUCCCAAGGGAAGCGCCGGGUGACGCAUUGCAAAGAAGAAGGGUAUGUCAAAAUGUUUCUUCGUGGACGCCCGGUGACCAUGUACAUGCCCAAAGAGCAAGUGGACUCUUACAGCUUGGAUGCAAAGGUAGAGCUACCAACCAAGAGGCUGAAACUGGAAUGGGUCUAUGGGUACCGGGGCCGCGACUGCCGGAACAACCUGUACCUGCUGCCCACCGGCGAGACCGUGUACUUCAUCGCCUCGGUGGUGGUGCUGUUCAACGUGGAGGAGCAGCUGCAGAGGCACUACGCCGGACACGAUGAUGACGUCAAGUGCCUAGCAGUUCAUCCGGACAGGAUCACCAUAGCCACCGGACAGGUCGCAGGCACCUCCAAGGACGGAAAGCAACUGCUUCCCCAUGUGCGCAUCUGGGAUUCCGUGACGCUGAAUACACUGCACGUCAUCGGGAAAGGCUUUUUUGACCGGGCUGUCACCUGUAUUGCAUUUUCAAAAUCUAACGGAGGAAGCUACCUCUGCGCUGUGGACGACUCCAAUGACCACGUGCUGUCGGUGUGGGACUGGCAGAAGGAGGAGAGACUGGCCGAUGUGAAGUGUUCGAAUGAAGCGGUAUUCGCCGCGGAUUUCCACCCCACGGACACCAGCAUCAUAGUGACCUGCGGAAAAUCCCACCUGUACUUCUGGACGCUGGAAGGAAGCUCCCUUAUUAAGAAACAAGGAUUGUUUGAGAAACAAGAGAAGCCAAAGUUCGUCCUCUGUGUGACGUUUUCUGAAAACGGUGACACCAUUACUGGAGAUUCAAGUGGCAACAUCUUAGUAUGGGGAAAAGGUACCAACCGGAUAAGCUGUGCGGUUCAGGGGGCCCACGAGGGUGGCAUUUUUGCACUUUGUAUGUUAAGAGACGGCACGCUGGUGUCAGGAGGAGGGAAGGACCGGAAGCUCAUCUCCUGGAACGGAAACUAUCAAAAGCUUCAUAAAACCGAGAUUCCCGAACAGUUCGGCCCCAUACGGACAGUGGCCGAAGGCAAGGGCGAUGUCAUCUUAAUAGGCACAACGAGAAACUUCGUCCUGCAGGGCACCCUCUCGGGGGACUUCGCACCCAUCACUCAGGGUCACACGGACGAACUCUGGGGUCUGGCCGUCCAUGCCUCCAAGCCCCAGUUCCUGACCUGUGGGCACGACAAGCAUGCCACCCUAUGGGAUGCUGUUGGUCACCGGCCUGUUUGGGACAAAAUCAUCGAGGAUCCAGCUCAGUCUUCUGGUUUUCAUCCUUCAGGGUCUGUGGUUGCAGUCGGAACACUCACUGGGAGGUGGUUUGUGUUUGACACGGAGACAAAAGACCUGGUCACGGUGCACACGGAUGGGAACGAGCAGCUGUCUGUCAUGCGCUAUUCUCCAGAUGGGAAUUUUUUAGCCAUUGGCUCUCACGACAACUGUAUCUACAUAUAUGGAGUUGGCGACAACGGGAGGAAAUACACGCGUGUGGGCAAGUGCUCGGGCCACUCCAGCUUCAUCAGCCACCUGGAUUGGUCCGUAGACUCGCAGUUCCUUGUGUCCAAUUCUGGAGACUACGAGAUCCUCUACUGGGUUCCCUCAGCAUGUAAGCAGGUUGUGAGCGUGGAAGCUACGAGAGACAUCGAAUGGGCCACCUACACCUGCACUUUGGGAUUCCAUGUCUUUGGAGUGUGGCCGGAAGGCUCGGACGGAACCGACAUCAAUGCCGUCUGUCGGGCCCACGAGAAAAAGCUGCUGUCGACAGGGGAUGACUUCGGCAAAGUGCAUCUCUUCUCUUACCCCUGCUCCCAGUUUAGGGCACCAAGCCACAUCUACGGUGGGCACAGCAGCCAUGUCACCAACGUCGACUUCCUGUGUGAAGACAGCCACCUCAUCUCCACGGGCGGGAAGGACACAAGCAUCAUGCAGUGGCGGGUCAUUUAGCAGGUCAUGCCCGAGAGGACAGAUUCGCGUUCCGCUUGGUCACUGUGAUUUCUGUUUUGACUAAAAAUUCUUACAAACCUCAGGAAAACUACCCCUCUGCCGGUUACCUUAGCUUAGGGACUCAGCAAGUGUCACACCGGAUGAGCAGCUGCACGUCCGCUUCCGUUGUACAUCAGACGAAGCAGCAUCCGCAGGGUAGAGCAGGUCCCUGGGGUCACGUUGACAACGGCAUGGCCAGAAGGGACUGGUGUAUCCUUAGCAACUUUUCUAUGAACUCUUCAGAAAUGGUCACAGAAUGCCUUUUAAAAUACUGUACAUAGUCUUCACUGUUUCACCAUCUAGCCUGCUCAGUCAGAUAUUUAUGAUAAACAUGCGGUACGGAACCGUGAUCGCCGCUGACCAAUGGUCGGUCCUGGACGGAUGAAUCCUUGGGGAAGAGAGUCAGUCACUGACCACGGCCCAGUCAGGAAAUGCAAAUGUGAGACUUUCUUUGAUUACAUGUUUUAGGGUUUCAUGAAACUCUCCCUCUGGGAGGCUGGCAGGCCGGGGGUCACACUCUCGUUGUGGAAGCAGAUGAGUCUGAACAUCGCAGCAGAGCAGACAAGCGCUUCCGUUUCUGGUCACACUGCCCCUGCCUGCCACCCCACACACAGCCACCUGUCCCGCUCACGCUGAUGAAUGGCGAGACAUUUAGCGCCUUCCUCUGUAUAUUAACGGCAUGACGUGGUAUUGUACUUGUAUAGGGUGUUAGCAACUCAUAAUAAAUACCUAAGGCCAGGCUUUACUGCUUUACGCUAUGGACAUUGUACAUUUGUAUUUUAUGACCAAGUAGACCACGGUGGGAAGAAAUCUCUUCAGCGUACUUGGGAGGGGAGAGGUCUCUGAUGGCUCCAGGUACGAAGGGCAGCUUUCUCAUCCUGUCUUGUGCACGGAUGGCUCGGGACAGUGUGGAAAUAAGACUCUGCUCUGAUGGGUAGGACACAGGUGGCAUACAAACUUGUCAAGAAAGCCUUAUCCAUUGUGUGACAGAUUGCGAUUUACUGUUUACAUUGGGGAAUGUAUCUCGGAUUUUUAAUAGAAGAGUAAUAAACAGACUUAAGAACAAAUUUUAAGAUUUUUACUCGUUCUGAGCAGGUGGGUGAAUUCAGUCAUCCGAACUCUACAGCACUGGUUGUUUAGAGUGGCCGAUUGCGUGCGACACUUGGAAACGCUUUUCGUGACAUCUCUAGCCUGCUGGGGAGUGCAGGGCACCAGCAGGCACUGCGUGUUAAAGAUGAUCUGUUCCUAUGUAUCCUUAUCAAAUAUAUUCUAUAAUGAAAUAAACUUUGAAAAGUGGA